AUGGGCAAUACGCCAUCCGAUUUACAGUGGCAUCCUGAUGGCACACCACCUCCUUUACGUCGUUCAACAACACAAAGGACAGCUGACAGCAACAGGAGCCACAGUGAUAGGCCACCAGGAUUUGCCAACUUUUUCGAAGCAGCUGCGGUAACACCACCAGCAGCACCAACACCACCACGACGACAACAUUUACGACAACCAAAACGAGAAGGCAGCUGUAGUACGAUUUCAACAACAAGCACGCUAUCGAGUACGAGCAAAUCACUCUCACAAAAAACACCACCCAAUGGCCCUUCUCGUAUGCCAUCAGAGACAUCGACUGCCUCAACGUUGGUGCAAGCGGAUACUCCACCGGUUGACAAAUCAACAUCCAAACCUUCAGCAAUGAUGAUGGACAAUGAUAUGCACUCACUGCUCAAGCGUGUCCUUGGUGGUUUGUGCAAGGCACCUGUACAUCGAAUAUUAUCAUCAUGCGAAGAACAUUCUAUCCGACCCAAUGUGUUGGAAAUCGGCUGUGGACAAGGAUCUUGGAUUAUCGAUAUGGCAACCCAAUUUCCAAAAGCAGAUUUCCAUGGCGUUGAUACAAGUCUACCAGCGAUGCCAACAGAUGCAAAACGCAACAAUGCAUACUUCAAGGUGCAUAAAUGUCGGCAAGAACCAUUGUCUUUUGCGGAUGAUACGUUUGAUUACAUUCACAUGCGUAUGCUGCUAUGUCGUUUCACUCAUCCCGAGUGGGUCCGAUUGCUGAGAGAAAUCAUGCGUGUGUUAAAACCAGGCGGCUAUUUGGAGAUCGUUGAUUUGGAUUACACUGUGAAGCGUGCUGGUUCUCGUGGUAACGACUUGAUCAAUCAUCAAAUGUUAGAAAAGAUGCUCAAGGAACAUCAAAUUGAUCUUCAACGUGCUCGUCAUUUACCUACAUGGCUGCAAACGGAUUUUGUGGAUAUUCAACAAGACCGAGUUGUGGUACCAUUGGAUUGGGCUAAUGCCGACCACGCUGUUGUGCAAGCUCUCUUUGCAAAGAUCGACGCUAUACCACCCGACGAAUGUCAAAAACAACAACCACAUUGUGUUAUUUACAAUUGCUAUGGCCGUAAACCUACUAAUACUCUUGAUGAUACCUGGGAUACGAUGGUAAAUGACUUUGCCAGUGGCUAUAUAGAUUGA